CCAGAACCCGAGGCUCUUAAGAUGGCGGCUCCUAGCGAGGGUGUCUUGCGAGGUCGGCGGUUGCGCGACGGACCGAGAAGCUGAGUGGCUUCGGCCACCGACAUGACUCGGGCCGGUCGGGCGAAAAUGCAAAACCUAAGAAACUGUUGGGCUGAUGAAUUUCUAUAGUAUAUUCUCAACAUUGUGAGAUUGACAAUGGAUAAAUGUAAGCAUGUAGGCCGACUGCGGCUUGCCCAGGACCAUUCAAUUGUGAAUCCUCACAAAUGGCAUUGUAUGGUAUGCAAUACUACAGAAUCUGUAUGGGCCUGUCUCAGUUGCUCUCAUGUUGCUUGUGGAAGAUAUAUUGAAGAACAUGCACUAAAGCACUUUCAGGAAAGCAAUCAUCCAGUAGCAUUGGAAGUAAAUGAGCUGUACAUUUUUUGCUACCUUUGUGAUGAUUAUGUUCUUAAUGAUAACGCAACUGGUGACAUAAAACUUUUACGAAGUAUAUUAAGUGCAAUCAAGAGCCAGAAUUAUGACUGUACUACUCGGAGUGGUAGGAUUCUGCGAUCUAUGGGCAUAAGCGAUGAUCUUUCACAUAAUAAUGCUCAAGCUUUGCUUCGAAGUCAAGACCGUAUGUUCACAGCCCUGUGGCACAGGAGGCAUGCAUUAAUGGGCAAAGUAUUUAGAACUUGGUUUGAACUAACACCAACUGGGAAAAGGAUUUUAGAAGAAGAUAAGCUGUGUGAACAGGCAGAAGAAAGACGAGUCAAUGCUAGGAAGAAAAGAGAAGAGCGGAAACGUCAAUUGAAGGAGGAAAUGGAAAAAAUACCACCAAGGAAAAGCUUUCGCUUGCAAAAACAAAACAAAGAAUCUUCAGUCUGUGCACUAAAAAUGCCACAAAGUUUGGGCUCUGAUAUAGAGCUGAAAGUAACAGCUACCUCAGAUGAUGCAAAGUUAAAAAAAAUUAAUGACUCUCCAGCCAAACGAAGAUCUACUAUGACUCCUGGUGUGACAGGACUACGAAACUUGGGAAAUACUUGCUAUAUGAACUCUAUUCUUCAGGUAUUGAGUCAUUUGUUCAUAUUUAGGGAAUGUUUUUUAAAGCUUGAUUUAAACCAAACACAAGAGUUGUUAGCAAUUGGAGCCAGUGGCAAAACAAGAUCAUCUACAAAGCAGCCUCUGUCUGCUACCUUUGAUGUUCAAGAACACAAAACCUUUGUUAAGCACCAGACAUUUUCUGCAAGGCGAUUUAGUACAUCAUCUGGUUUAAGUGGUGGUGGAUCAAGUAAUAGAAAUAUGGAACUUAUUCAGCCCAAGGAACCAAGUUCAAAGUACAUUUCUCUUUGUCAUGAAUUACAUACUUUGUUUCAAGUUAUGUGGUCUGGCAAGUGGGCAUUGGUGUCUCCUUUUGCCAUGCUCCAUUCUGUGUGGAGACUAAUCCCAGCCUUCCAUGGUUAUGCCCAACAAGAUGCUCAGGAAUUUCUUUGUGAACUUUUGGAUAAAGUCCAACAAGAAUUGGAGACAGUUAGAGCAAAAAGUCCGACCCUCAUUCCAGCUUCUCAAAGGAAACUCAUUAAAAAAGUUUUGAAUGUGGUCAACACUAUUUUUCAUGGACAGCUUUUAAGUCAGGUAACAUGCCUUGCAUGUGACAACAAAUCAAAUACUGUAGAGCCUUUCUGGGACUUGUCAUUGGAAUUUCCUGAAAGAUACCACUGCAAUGGGAGAGAGACAACCUGUCAGUAUCCAUGCUUGUUGACAGAGAUGUUGGCCAAAUUUACAGAAACUGAAGCUUUAGAAGGGAAGAUAUAUGCCUGUAACCAGUGCAACACAAAACGAAGAAAAUUUUCUUCUAAACCUGUUCUACUCACAGAGGCACAGAAGCAGCUUCUGGUGUGCCACCUACCUCAGAUUCUGCGGUUACACCUUAAGCGAUUCAGAUGGUCAGGACGCAAUCAUCGUGAGAAGAUUGGUGUGCAUGUCAAUUUUGAUGAGAUACUAAACAUGGAACCCUAUUGUUGCAGAAAAUCUCUAAAAUCCCUUAUGGCAGAUUACUUUAUUUAUGAUUUGUCUGCUGUUGUGAUGCAUCAUGGCAAAGGAUUUGGUUCAGGACACUACACUGCCUAUUGCUAUAAUUCAGAUGGAGGGUUCUGGGUACACUGCAAUGAUUCCAAGCUCACCAUGUGCACUAUGGAAGAAGUAUGCAAGGCCCAGGCAUAUAUUUUGUUUUAUACCCAACGAGUUACUUUAAUGAAUGGACAUUGGAGAAUGUCAAGUCUUGAUUCACCAUCUGGAAAACAGGCAAAUACUGAAGUUAAUGGCUCCAAUGUGAAAAGUAACAGCUAAUUCAAAGCCAAAUUGCUAUGUACAGGAUAAGUCUGAAUUGUCACUUGCGCAUGUAUUUAGGCAAGUAAGCGCAAUAAUGUACUAAAUCUGCUUUCUGGAGCCAAAUUUUAUUACAUGUUCAGAUCUUUUAUACCUUUUAAACUCAUUCAUGACAGUAACUUCCCAAGUUACUAGCAUAUAUAGCUAUUGUUAAGAGAAAAUCUUCCAUUUGAAUCUUUAAAUUUUACCUCAAGCUGUUUUUCAGCAUUUUAGUAUUUUGAAGUAGGAAACUUAGAUGAGGAAUAUGGGUGGGCAAACUCUAGACUAUUUUUAAAUUAAAAGCUGUGUUUUAUACUAGUACUAGCAGUUCUGUGGAUCUUGUCUGCAGGAAUCUGUCUUGCUUUCAUGAUUAAAAGAUAUGAUGGUAACAAAUGUGUUUUUCUUCUGGGCAUUUAAAAUGUUCUCUUUCUUCUGUAACCGAAGAGUACGACACUUCUCACAUAUUAUUAAAGCACUAAAUCACUAGAAAGAUCAGUAAGAACAUUAGAAUAUUAUCAUUUCCCUAGCCUAUUUAUUGCUUCACUCCAGGAAUACUGAACUAAAUGGAAACCUGUGAGGAAGGUGUAAAUGGCAAUAGUAAUUGCAAAAAAACAAGAGCUCGUAGGUUUUCUGCCACAGAUUCUGUAUCUAAUCUAUAGAU